ACUGACAUUUGACAGUUAUCAAAACUACCGGAAAAGUAGAAACAUGAGAUAUUUAAGAUAAACUCAUAUUGAUAAGUUAUAAUACUUUAUAAGAACAACCUAUCUAGAAAAAACUCGAAAUGAACUCUUUUAUAAGAAAUAGAUGUAUUCCAGCAUGUCGUGCAUUUACAACCUCGAGUAUAAGACGUACAACUGCACCUCCUCAGCCACCUAAGGCUAAACCGAAAAAGUUUUUUGGACCCAUUACAUGGAAAUCAAUGGCAGUAACUGCCGUAGUUGGUGGUGGUUUAACUGCCUUCAUGAUGUACGUAAGGAGAGAAAAACAGCAAGCGAUAGAUCGUGAAAGAAAACGACAGCUGGGUAAAGCAAAAAUCGGAGGAGCUUUUGAGCUAACUGAUCCUGAGGGCAAAUUGGUUAAGAGCACAGAUUUGUUAGGCAAGUGGUUGCUGAUAUAUUUUGGAUUCACACACUGCCCUGACAUUUGUCCUGAUGAAUUAGAAAAACUUGCUGAAGUUGUAAAAUUACAUGAUAAUAGUGAAUCUGCACCUUCUUUGCAGCCAGUAUUUAUAUCUGUUGAUCCAAAACGUGAUAGUCCAGAAAUUGUUGGAAAAUACUGCAAGGAAUUCUCUCCACGAUUCUUGGGACUAACGGGAACUGAAGAACAAGUGCAGAAAGCAUGCAAGUCAUACCGAGUGUACUUCAGUGCAGGCCCACAAGAUGUUGAUAAUGAUUAUAUUGUGGACCACACAAUAAUCAUUUAUCUAGUGGAUCCUGAUGGAGAGUUUGUUGAUUAUUAUGGUCAGAACCGAACUGCAAAUGAUAUUUACAAUUCAAUGCUUGUGAAUAUAAAGAAAUUUGAAUCGUCAAAGAAGAAAGCUUGGUUUGCUUGAAUAAUGUUUGAUUGAUAGUUGUAGUUGCGAAUGUUUGUGUUAUGUAAUAAAUUAUUUUGAUGUUAAAA